AUGACUGAUUCCUAUUCUGACAAGGGGCCUUGUGUGACCCUCUCCCUAAAACUGUUCAGGAAAACUGAGCCUGACCCCGAGAACUUGGAGGACAAGACGACUGGACUCAAGCUGAAUUCCUCACUACUUCCAGAUGCUGAGCCCGUACUGCUGGUGCUGUCCCUCCUGGCUAGCCUAUUGCAGGCCUCCCCUCGUGAGUGCGGUCGUGCCCUCUCUUUCUCCCUGACUUUCACAGGCCACAGGCUGCUCCACUACAGGGGGGAUGAAGCCAGGGCUUCUGAGAGUCAGUGGCCCUAGCAGGUGAGCCUGCAAUUUAAGUUCAGCUACUGGGUACAUUUCUGCAGAUGCUCCUUCAUCCACCCACAAUUGGUGCUCAUUGUGGCACAUUGUGUGGGACCGCACAUCCAAGGCCCAGUGCUUUUCCAGGUGCAGCUUCAUGAGCAGCAUCUAUACUAUGAGGACCAACGGCUGCCUGUGAACCAGAUCAUUAUGCACCCCAACUAUUUCUCGGCCGAGGGUGGGGCAGACAUUGCCCUUGAAUGUUUCCACCCAUGCCCAGCCCAUAUCCCGGCCCUUGCUGUGGAGACCUUCUCCUCAGGGACAUCAUGCUGGGUGACAGGCUGGGGAGAUAUUGAUAAUGGUGUCAAGGCUAGGGAUGGCUGCCAUCUCUCCCAAGUGAAGGUGCCCACUGUGGAAAAUGAUCUUAGUGAUUGGAAGUAUCACACUGGCCUCUACACAGGGGACAAUGUUCUCAUUGUCCGUGAUGACAUGCUGUGUGCUCGAAAUACUGGGAGAGACUCCUGCCAGGGUGACUCAGUGGGGUCACUAGUCUGCAAAACGAAGGGUGUCUGGCUGCAAGCAGGUGUGGUCAGCUGGGGUGAGGUCACCAUCCUAGGAUCUACAUCUGGAAUGGAUCCACCGCUAGGUCCCUGAGGACUCCUGAGCUGCUUCCAGGGUCAGAAAAGAACCAGGCCUCUGCUGUCUUUAACUUGCUGCUUCCU